AUGUCAUGUUAUUAUAGUCUAGGAUUAUUUUUGGCCAUUGGAAUCAUUCUAGUAAACUCAGAAUGUGUUGACAAGCCAGAAUGUUCAAGGUUAGGAUAUGAAAUAUGCUCGGAUCCUAAUUAUACCAAAUUCGUCAUUGAAAAUUGCUGUAAAUAUUGUUCUUCAAAUAAAGUCAAGGUUCAAACGACAUCUUCAGUUACAACAGUUUCUGAUGCAGCAACAACUUGGAUGGACUGUGUUGAUUCUGAUCCUCAAUGUGGUCAAUUAGGUCAUGAUGUCUGUACAGAACCACUGUUUGUAGAAUGGGCCUUACAGAAAUGUAGGAAAACAUGUGGACUUUGUAAUGGUCUUCCAUCAACGACCCCAAGUAUUACCACUAGUCCUGUUGUUACAGUUCAUACUACUAUUAAGCCACCACCUACCCCAGCCUGUGUUGAUAAAGCUCCCAAUUGUGAUUCGUACAGUUUAAAUGAUUGUAUCAACUAUGGUGCAUGGGCGAAAGAUAAUUGUGCCAAAUACUGUUCCUUAUGUGGAGGUAGGUAA